GAAGGGAGGACAAUAACAAAAGUGAAUCCUUUGACACCCGGCACGCGUCGUUGUAGGGGCGUACACUUCCCUGGUCACCGCUGUAUACACUUGCUUUAUAGGGAAGUCGCUUUGAGUCGAGGUAACAAUGCCAUCCGACGACACUUGAGGACUGCACGUGAAGGUUCUUUUUGGGCCGCCACGAUGUUGUUUUGAUUUCCGAUUACCUUUUGGGCGUCUUUCAAACCGUUUCUGGUGAUUUCGAAGAUGGAGGAGAUUUCACAGAAUCCUUUGGCAGCAAUGGGGUUUGUGUGCAACCGUUCGGGAACGCUGCUAGAUGUAGCGAAUGGGAGAGUAUAUAAGCUGCGGAUGCCGGUGUGCGGGCUCGCCGGCCUCACUGUCCUAUCUUCAACACCAAACCAUCGCCAUCAUGAGCAAAGCAUCUCACCCCACAGAACCAGUCCAAAAAUCCACGGAAUCCACCCCAAUCCUCGCCCAAACAGACCGCCCCCUCCGCAUCCUCGUCGCGACGGAAUACCUCCCGCCCACAGUCUCCGGCAUCGCGAACCGGUUCAAGAACCUGAUCAAGGGGUACAGAGAUGCUGGGCACGAUGUUAAGAUCGCGUCGGUGAGGGGAACGUAUUGCGAUAUUGUUGUGCCGAGUGUGCCGAAUUUGUUUUAUUUGGAGCAGAGGAUGUUUCUGUGCCCGCCGCUGUCGCUGGUAUGGCUGCUCAUCAAUCCAUGGAGCACGGUGCCGUAUGAUAUCGUGCAUAUCGUCUCGCCGUUGUGUCUUGCCUUCGUGCCUCUGAUCCCGUUGUUCAAGAUCCGAGGCGUAAAGGUCUACGUCUCCUACCACGUCCUAAUGGAGUACUACAAAGUAGCUUACUUCUACAACAAAACCCUCGUCCACAAGCUCCUCGGCGACUUCAUCCACGUCAUCUAUGUCGUGCUCUACUUCAUCCCCUUAGUAAUCUUCGCCGAUGUAGUGGGCAUCCCAUCGAAAGUCGCCGACAGCGUCGUGUACAAGUACGCCAAACGAAUCCAUUUCAUGAAGAGCGGGCUGGAUACGACCGUGUUUGUGCCGCGGCAAGAGGAUCAAGGCAGUAUGGAUGAUUUACUGGCGGCGAGCGCGACCACAUCGGUUGCAAUGGCGAAGCUGGCGAUGACGGCCAAAAGGAAGGCGGAGAGUAGGAGGCAGAGUAAGGCUAUGGUUGACGCGUUGCCAAAGUACGAGGAACACCCAUCUGACGCUGCGGCGGAAGACGAGAAGAAGGUGGGAGAUAUCAACCCAACGGCCGACUCGGACGGACCCACCCUCGUCUACAUCGGCCGCCUUGCCCCCGAGAAAAACGUCGAGUUCCUCAUCAACGCGAUGAAACACCCGCGUCUCGCCACCGCAGCCCUCGUCAUCGUCGGCGACGGCCCUUCCCGUCUCCAUCUGGAAGCCCUGGCCGCGACCAUCGUAGGGCCCGAGCGUGUCUACUCCCACCAAACCAAACUCAAACCCACUGCCGCGCCACUCACCUCCACCGCCUCCUACAGCAGCCUCAUCCAACCCACCACCAUCGCCCAGGAACUCUCCUCCUACCGCAUUAUCUUUACCGGCAUGGUCUACCGCGAACAAGAAGUCGCCAAAUACUACGCCUACGCCGACAUCUUCGUCUCAGCCUCGGCCUCCGAGACGUUCGGGUUCACGGUUGCGGAGUCCCUCGCGUGCGGCACGCCGACGGUGGUGGUCCGUGAAGGCGCGUUCAAGACGGUGUACAAGGUUGUUGACGAGUGGAUGUUUGAUCAAUUUGAUGCCGAGGACUAUGUGGCGAAGAUUUGGAGGUGUUUGGAGGAUCCGGAUGCGAGGAGGGUGGCGAGGAAGUUGGCGGUGAGGUGCUUUGCUGUGGAUAUGGCGGUCGGGGAUUUGGUGGAUUGUUAUAGGAGGAUGUUGGCGGGGGGGUGAUGGCCGUGAGGGGAAAUCCCAAUAAAUCGACUUGUGCUUCUUGACUUCAUAAGGCCCGUUUUCAGAUGUGUAUACCGCAGCGGCUGUGUGCCCUUCUCUCUCUCGAACAGCACCACCGUUCCACUUGGAAAAAAGAGGCAGCAAGGGGUCAGAAGCCAUCCACCGGCUUGAAAAACGACAGGAAUCGGAUUCCGUGUUGUUGCU